GCGCCCCCCGCUCCGGCCUCCUUGAGGGGGGUCCCCCGGCCGGACCGUGAGCCUCGUCUUCUGCCGCUUCGGCCGCCCGCAUCUCCUCCGCCGCCUGCCUGGCAUGAAGACCAAGUUCUGCAACGGGGGCGAGGCGGAGCCCUCACCGCUCGGGCUGCUGCUAGGCUGCGGCAGCGGCAGCGCGACCCCCGCGCCCGGCGUGGGGCAGCAGCGCGACGCCGCCAGCGACCUGGAGCCCAAGCAGCUGGGCGCCCGGCAGCCUCGGCUCGCGCUGCCCGCGCCGCCGCCCCCGCCGCUGCCACUGCUCCCGCCGCCGCCGCCGCCGCCACCGCCAGCCGACGAGCAACCGGAGCCCCGGACGCGGCGUAGGGCCUAUCUGUGGUGCAAGGAGUUCCUGCCCGGCGCCUGGCGGGGCCUUCGCGAGGACCAGUUUCACAUCAGUGUCAUCAGAGGUGGCCUCAGUAACAUGCUGUUCCAGUGCUCCUUGCCCGACGCUGUGGCCACCGUUGGUGACGAGCCCCGGAAGGUGCUGCUGCGGCUGUACGGGGCGAUUUUGAAGAUGGUGUGUUUGAUAAAGCUGUGGAGUGGAAAGAGGUCCUGUAAUAAGGAGGGAUCCGAACAAGCUCAGAGUGAAAGUGACUUUCAAGGAGCCGAGGCGAUGGUCCUGGAGAGCGUGAUGUUCGCCAUCCUCGCGGAGAGGUCGCUGGGGCCGAAGCUGUACGGCAUCUUCCCGCAGGGCCGCCUGGAGCAGUUCAUCCCGAGCCGGCGAUUAGACACCCAAGAAUUAAGUUUGCCGGCUAUUUCUGCAGAAAUCGCUGAGAAAAUGGCCACAUUUCAUGGGAUGAAGAUGCCAUUCAAUAAGGAACCAAAAUGGCUUUUUGGAACAAUGGAAAAGUACUUAAAUCAGGUGCUGAGAAUUAAAUUCACCGGGGAAACCAAGAUGAAGCAGCUGCACAGACUCCUCAGCUACAACCUGCCCUUGGAGCUGAAAAACCUGCGGUCCUUGCUGGAGUCCACUCCGUCCCCGGUCGUGUUCUGUCACAACGACUGUCAGGAAGGUAACAUCUUACUGCUGGAAGGGAGGGAGAAGUCUGAGAACCAGAAACUGAUGCUCAUCGACUUCGAGUACAGCAGUUACAACUACAGGGGAUUCGACAUCGGGAACCAUUUCUGCGAGUGGAUGUACGACUACACCUACGAGAAGUACCCCUUCUUCAGGGCGGACACCCUGCGGUUCCCCACGAGGAGGCAGCAGCUCCAUUUUAUUUCCAGUUACUUGGCCGCAUUCCCGAGUGAAUCUGAAAACCUCAGUAAUGAAGAAAAGGCCGCUAUGGAAGAAGAAAUGCUGAUGGAAGUCAACAGGUUUGCCCUUGCGUCCCAUUUCUUCUGGGGACUUUGGUCCAUCGUACAGGCCAAGAUCUCAUCCAUUGAAUUUGGAUACAUGGAAUACGCCCAAGCGCGGUUCGACGCCUAUUUCGACCAGAAGAGGAAGCUGGGGGUGUGACGGCCAGGAGGACUCCCUGCACUCCAUCCCGGGUCGCGCAGGGCGGCCGGGCCGGCAGGCCUCCGCUGCGGCUGCUGUCCCUGCGGCAAGGAGCCGGGGCGUCUCGCUGCCGCACGCAGACGUGUAUGAUACGAAAGACUGUAUUAAAAUUGAGUAACAUUUAUUUCA